GUCCGUCCACGAAUGGUAUGAUGUUAGGUCGGCAGGGCCGGCUAUUGAGCCUUAUGAAACGGUUAACCAAUAUCCCGAUGGUUUAUUGUGCUUCGUCCGGCCACGGGCAAAAUUCUUCGCAAGGGAUUGUCCUAUCAGGGAAGUAAAGUAGCCACAUUUGGCCCCUUUCGUCUGUGCCUAGAUUCCUACCGAGGUGCCUUGUCUUGAUUUGAAAUCUCAGUAUACACCUAUGUGUUGCUAUUGUUGUUUCAAUGGCUCGGUGGUUGUGUUAACUUUUGCUAUAAGUGAUCUAUUUACCUAGGUACUGUUACUCUGAAACAAAGCCGAAGCUAUUGGUAUCCAGUCCCAGUUUCCAUUGAGUUUAAUUCCCCUAUACCCUAUCCUCUUGUAAACAGCUUCAUAGUCUCUUGAAGAUGAGCGAAUCCAAGAAAUCGACCGAGAGCUCCGCAUCGUCCACCGACUUCGACGUCAUCAUUAUAGGAGCCGGAAUAUCCGGUAUCAAUACAGCUUAUUACCUCACUACUCAAGCUCCAAGAACCUCAUACACCAUUUUAGAUGGCCGGAGUCGGAUUGGCGGAACUUGGGAUCUCUUCCGCUAUCCAGGCAUACGGUCCGAUUCUGACAUGGUCACAUUUGCCUUCUCCUGGAACCCGUGGGUAAGAGCCGAGAAGCUAGGAAACGGAGAACAAAUUCGAGCCUAUCUACAAAACUCAGCGGGAAAAUACGGUAUCGACAAGAAUAUCCAUUUCAAUAGUAAAGUACUCGCGGCAGAUUGGAGCACGAAGUCUAAGUCCUGGACCCUCACUACGGCAAAUAGCAAAGGAAAGUCACGGACGUAUCGUAGUAAGUUCAUAGUCCUCGGCACCGGAUACUACGACUAUUCGCAACCCCUAGACACCAAGAUCCCCGGAUUAAAUAGCUUCGAAGGACCGGUAAUCCAUCCGCAAUUCUGGCCAAAGGAAUUGGACUACGCGGGGAAAGAUGUGGUCGUAAUCGGAAGCGGUGCCACGGCCGUCACCAUAAUACCUUCAAUGGCCGAGAAGGCCAAGAGCAUAACAAUGUUACAGAGGAGUCCGACUUACAUCGUGUCCCAGCCGAACGAGCGACAGGAAGGCCUCCUAGUAAGGUUCCUGCAAUUUUUCCUACCCGCAAGUCUCAAGUCGUGGUUUAGGAGGGCACGAUCAAUCAUCACCAGCACGAUGUUCUACAACUACUGCAUGAAAUAUCCCGCCAAAGUGAAGGCCCUGAUGCAACGCGGCGCCGCCGAACAGCUCCCAGCAAAUAUAAGCGUGAACCCGCACUUCAGCCCGAGAUACAACCCCUGGGCGCAACGGCUAUGCCUCAGUCCCGGGGGCGACUUCUACGCAGCGCUACGCUCGGGCAAAGCCCACGUCGUCACGGACACCAUCUCGACCGUCACUCCGACCGAGAUCCAGCUCGCCUCCGGCCAAUCGCUGAAGCCCGACAUCAUCGUCGCGGCCACGGGGCUUAAGCUGCAGUUCGCGGGGGGCAUGAAGCUGUCGAUCGACGGCGAGGAGUUCGACGCCGCGACGAAGUACACCUGGAAGGGGUCCAUGAUCCAGGACGUGCCGAACCUGAUGUUCGUCAUCGGCUACGCGAACGCCUCGUGGACCAUGGGCGCCGAAGUCAUGGCCCAGCACCUGGUCCGCUUGCUCCGCGUUAUGAAGCGCCGCGGUGCCGAAGUUGCUGUGCCCCGGCUCACUAGCACGGAGCCUAUGCGGCAGGGUGAUGUGUUUAAGCUCUCGUCGACUUAUAUCCAGACGGCCAAUCGGGUAUUUCCGAAGGCUGGGGAGGGGAUUUGGGAUCAUAAGAGGAGUUAUAUCUGGGAUAUACUGAACGCACAGUUUGGGAGUGUGACGGAGGGACUGUGUAUAGAAUGAGAAUGAUUAAGGCUAUAUGACAGAAGAGAUAGAAUUGCUUGGAGGCAUAAUCAAGGUUUCGAGUCAAUGACAGGAAUCAAUGUUAAUGGUACUAGAAUGUGUGGAGGUAUUAUAGUAAUGGUAGCGACCAUAUUCAUUUGAAAACAAGCAGCUUAGUAACCUGUCUUACGGCGAGUUUCUAGGGCGCAGAGGCUUCGUUCAGGG